AUGCAGAACGGGGAGGUUAUGAGCCCGCAGGACUCCAAGGCAGCGGGGGCCGACGCCAUGGAGGAGCAGAAGCCCCAGAACCAGAGCCAGAAUCAUGGUUGUGUGGAGCCCACGGCGCCUCCGCUUCCUCCCCCUUCACCACCGCCACCGGGGCCACCAGAAUAUCCGAGACCGAGGCUCAUCUUCCACACCCAGCUGGCUCAUGGGAGUCCCACAGGCCGCAUCCACGGUUUCACCAAUGUCAAGGAGCUGUAUGCCAAGAUCGCAGAAGUGUUCAACAUCUCCCCCUCAGAGAUCCUGUUCUGCACCCUCAACUCUCACAAAGUGGACAUGCAGAAGCUGCUGGGAGGACAGAUUGGACUGGAGGACUUUAUUUUCGCUCACGUCAGAGGGGAAACUAAAGAAGUGGAGGUGACAAAGACAGAGGAUGCUCUGGGUCUCACCAUCACAGACAAUGGAGCUGGAUAUGCUUUCAUUAAGAGGAUAAAAGAAGGCAGCACCAUAGACCGGCUGAAGACAGUAUGUGUUGGCGACCACAUUGAGGCCAUCAACGACCAAAGCAUCGUAGGCUGUCGACACUACGAGGUGGCUAAGAUGCUAAAAGAGCAACCGAGAGGCAUACCCUUCACUCUUCGACUUGUAGGGCCCAAGAAGGCCUUUGAUAUGAUCGGAAUGAGGACCAGAGCGCCAAAAUCUAAUGAGGGCAAGAUGGUCAACGGGAAGGAGACGCUGCGACUUCGCUCCAAGGGUUCUGCUACAGUUCAGGAAGUGCAGAAUGAGUUUGAGGAACAGGCCACCAAGAAAGUGGACGACCUGCUGGAGAGCUACAUGGGCAUCAGAGACCUGGAGCUGGCAACCACAAUCGUCGAAGCCGGCAAAGACAAGAAGAAUCCAGAUGACUUUGCCGAGGCGCUGGAUUCAGUUCUGGGAGACUUUGCUUUCCCUGAUGUGUUUUUGUUUGAUGUAUGGGGAGCUAUUGGAGAUGUCAAAAAUGGCAGAAUUUAGGCUUUUACUGUAAAGAGAGAGGAAAAGCUCCGGUCUCAGUUGUAAAAAAAAAAAAAAAAAAAGUCACAUGUAGGAGUGUUUUAUUGUUGUCAAUGCGAUCCGUUAAUUUCUUUUCAGUUCCUUUUCAACAAUCAAAUGUCAAUAAUUUGCCCAUAACAGCUCAUCACGCCUGAAUUCCUGAAUUUUGUCAAGACUUUACAACGAAUACAAAACAUUGAAAAACAGCACAGUAGUUUUAAACAUAUUGAAAUCAGAGCUGAUGACCUUCUCAAGGGUAGGAAAGAGUGAUAGUAACGUUUGCAGGCUCACAGGCAUUUUUGCAAGUUGG